AUGCCCGAUACGAACUCGGGCUCGAAUCACAGCGCGCUGAGCUAUAACAGCAAGGACAAUGAUACCAAGGCGCGGUCAGAGGAUUCGGCCUCGCCGCCCAGCGAAGGAUCAGCGACCGGCAAGCAUGAUUCGCGCGAUGCGAGUCAUGGCCGUGGCAACUCGAACAAGUUUCGCUGCCGUGUCGCAAUGGCCUGCCGCAAGUGUGAGUACGAGCGUGUGUCUGAGCACGACAACCUCCUAUCGCGCGAGCGUAAGCGGCUGAGCCGUGAACGAAAGGCUGCGCGUAUUGCUGCGACGACGCUGUCGCACAGCAACACGAACAACAGCAACAACUCGGACUCGAGCGGCGAGGAAAAAUCGGGCAAUUCGGGCAUGCCGCAAGUGCAUAUCCCUUUUGAUCACAAGGCGCAAUCGCCCUCCUUCUCCAUACCCGUGUCUACCAUGAGUGUUACGACACAAACCUCCCCCACUGAUAUCCCCACCUCGAUGAUCGCCUCGGCACCUGCGCCCGAUGCGACGAUCUCGCCUGCAUGGGCCACCGCCCAAGGCAACCCGACGAAAGAAAUGAUGCCGUGGAUUAUGCCUGCAUCGAUGGGCACGUCGGAGGGCACGCUGAACUCUUCUGCGAGCAUGUCGCCGCAGCAAGACUCGCUGGUCUCGCUGCGUUCUACGGCCGACCCCUCGCUGCUGGAGCUGAGUGCGCCGCCGUCGGCACUGUCAACCGACUCGCCGUCGCUAAUGAGCAUGCCGUGGAUGGAUACGAAACGCUCCAUGUCGCCGAGCGACGCGGGCUUUAGCUCUGCGCACCUGAACGACUUUGGGCAGUCGCUUUCUGCGCUGUCUGCCACCUCGCUCGAGAGCGAGUCGACGGUCGUCGACCCUCUUGAGCUGAACACGGCGAUGGAUACGCCGUUGAAACUGUUUAGCGAUACGCAACUCCCGAGCACGAUGGCCACCACGCCGUCUUCGGUGGAUACCAAUACCGUCAGCGACACUGGCUCGAGCGCCUUUGGCCCCAUGUCGAUGAACAUGUCCCCACUCUCGCCGCAGCUUGCCCCGGCUUCUUUUGAUGGUUUCGAGGCGAAUAUGGAACAGCGUCCUUUUAGCGGACUCGAUGGACCGGACGACCCUUUGUACAGCUCCUCCCUGCCUGCGCAUGACUCUCACCUGGGCUUUGGAGGGGACCUCGAGCCGAGCAGUCUUCCCGUCCUUUCUUCGUGGACGCAGCUCGCGCCGAGCAACGCUUAA